GACAACGCAGCUCAUAGAGCAGCGGCGUGUGCCGCACGUAGAGCAUCGGUUUUGAGUGGCGGGGAUGUUGUCACCGCUGUUACCGCUAAUGUCACCUCCUGACCCCGCAGUGUGACCUCAUCUACACCUUCUUCCACCCCCUGCCCCGGGAUGAGAAGGCGGCUGGAGCCAACACGACCCCGAAGCCGGCAGACGCCACGUGGGCUCGAUCCCUGGGCAAGGUCGGCGGGGAGGUGAAGCUCUCCAUCUCCUACAAGAACAACAAGCUCUUCAUCAUGGUGAUGCACAUCCGAGGGCUGCCACUCCUGCAGGACGGCAACGACCCCGACCCCUACGUCAAGACCUACCUGCUGCCCGACCCCCAAAAAACCACCAAGAGGAAAACCAAAGUGGCCCGAAAAACCUGCAACCCCACCUACAACGAGAUGCUGGUGUACGACGGGAUCCCCCGGGGGGACCUGGAGCAGCGGGAGCUGCGGCUGAGCGUGCUGAGCGAGGAGGGAUUUUGGGAGAACAUCCUGCUGGGGGAGGUGGGAAUUCGCCUCCGCGACUUGGACCUGGCCCAGGAGAAGAUGGGCUGGUUCGCCCUGGGCUCCCGCGGCCACGGCACCCUCUGAGUCCCCCCAAACCACCCCGGGACCCCCGGGUGUGUCCCCAAAAGGGCGCUGCCCAGGUGGCUUCUUUUUUUAAGUUUACCUUGUGUCAAGGGAGCAACGCGGGGCGGGAGG